UCAGCUGACGAUUUGAGAGAGCGCGUUUUGCUCCCGAAUGAAACUCACCGCUCCAAAAGCGAGCACGCCAAGCCGGUUCUUAGAGGACCGGGUGGACGUCUUUCCAAUCUCGAAUGUGGGGAACGUGGUGGUACUGAAGGCGGUGGAGGACCAGGAGGAGGAAGAAUUGAAGUUCAGUUUUGGAUGAGGAGGUUGGGAGUGAUCAAGGAGUGCUGUUGUAGUUUGGCCAAGGGAGUGGAGGAAAACAAGGUAAUCCCUUCGGUGCCCAGUGAUAGAUUCGAGUUCGUUUUGCUUGAUUGCACGUGAGGCUUUUUGCAAAACAUUAAAUAACACGCUGAGGUGUUUUCACUCUCUCCAUAAAAGUUGGUUUUUGUUGCUGACCACUUUGUGGGAUUUUGAUUACUGUGAAGUGAAACUGAUCAUCGUGGUGGAUAUUCCAAGAAGCGCAAGGCGCCGAUCCCGGACUCCUCUUGUGAUUCCAAUUUUGGCCAUCAAAAGUGGAGCCAAGUUGUCACACGCUUCGCCCCUUUGAGGGGAACUUCAUAAGUGAAUUCACCGUCGUCAGGGCCUCCAAAGUGUUCCAUUUUCAAAAGUCAUCAGUCAUAAUUUAAAAAAAAGAGUCCCCUCAUCCUUGUCCCCAGAAUCAUGAUAAGGAGGAAGAGAGCUCUUUUUUGAUGCCGAGUACGCUUAAAGUGUGUGUGUCUGCAUGCUAGUGUGUGAACAAAUUCGCUAAGCAAUGGAAAAAUGCCUUUGAAUUGAGGUUAAGUGGUAGAAAUAUAUGCGCUCGCGUCUCAACACAAAGAAUUCCCCCACAAUUGACGACAAUGAGUCUGAAUGGGAACAUCCCCGAAACAUCGCGUACGCUCAAUCUAUAGAAAAAGGCAUCCCAUCCUUAAUUUGGAUGAAGGGUGCACAAUGAGGGUCCCAAUCAUAUUGCUCAUCCUCGCCACACUAAAGUGCUCCUGGAUUUCUUGUCAAGGCAUGUUUCCGGAAUUCCGAUUCCUAGACGAACCCGAGGACACUCUGGUCGUGAAAAAUCAGCCGGCAACCCUGAAAUGCUCCGCUGUUGGACCAAGACCGCCAAAAAUAAGGUGGAAACGAAACGGAGAAUUCCUACAGUUCCCGGACUUUAAUGAUCGACGAUAUGUGGAGGAUAUUGAUGGCCGACGACUCCAAUCGGAUGGUUCCUUGUACUUCUCAACCAUCUACCACAAACGGUCUUCGCAGCCAGAUGAGGGCCUUUACCAAUGUGUGGCUUCAGUGGACGGCCUUGGCACCAUUGUGUCGCGGAUGGCCUCGCUUCAAGUCUCAGAGUUGACGCGUUUUGAGACCGAGCCCGAGGAUCAAACGGUGUUUCUGGGCCAAACAGCGGUGUUCCAAUGUUCCAUGACAUCAUUGGACCACACUGAUCUGGAGAUUGUCUGGCUCAAAGACGAUCAGAACCUGUUUCUUGACCAUCGAAUGAAGAUAUUGCCCUCGGGGAUGUUGGCGAUCGCUGAUAUUCGCAUUUCAGAUCGGGCUGAAUAUCGCUGCAACGCCUCAAAUGAAGAGACUUGGAAAUUGAGUCAGAUCGGACAUCUCCGACUCAAUUUAGACAUGGUUUUAAGCAACACCCCAGUCCCACCUAUGUUCAUCGCGAGACCAAAGAACUUGAAAGCUGAGGAAGGCCAAACAUUGACCUUGGAUUGCGCUGCCAAUGGGAUCCCCAAACCUUUCAUCACGUGGCUUAAGGAUGGAUCCACCGUGGACCUCAGUCACUUGGACUCGCGAUUCACCAAGAUUGGAUCGGGCAGCUUACAAAUCAAGAACGUUCAAGUGAACGAUAAAGGCACUUAUCAAUGUCGAGCAGAAAAUUCCGAGGACUCAGUUGAUGCUGGAUCGAUUUUAGAGGUUCGAGUUAAGCCUCGAUUUAUUCGCACCCCCCAAAGUACAGCGGCUGUGGUGAAAGACGACAUUGAACUGGAGUGCGAGGUUUACGGAGUGCCAAAUCCCGUGGUCCAAUGGUAUAAAAAAGGUGAUCUCAUCAUAGAAUCGGAGUACUUCCAGAUUGUCCGUGGGUCCAACCUCAAAAUUCUGGGUCUUGUAGAGCUUGACUCUGGAUUCUAUCAGUGUAUGGCCAGUAAUCCCAUUGGAAAUGUUCAAGCCUCUGCCCAGCUUCUAGUCAAACCACAAGAUUCCAAAUCUUAUAACAACCAUGGGUUUACAUCCAACCACCUGAGGACCCCCUCUGCGUCCCAACCUGACCAGAAAUCUCGUUCCAAUUUAGGUGAGCUCGUCUUUAGGGACACGCCCUCUCCGCCCACGAAUAUUCGGGCCGUGAUUGUGUCGGCGCGUUUCAUCACCCUCUCUUGGACCAAGCCUGCAGUGACCAAUGGACCUCUCUUAGGUUUCUCGGUCUACUAUAAAGAACGUGGAUCCAACAGGGAACGUGUUCUAAAUUCCACUCGAGGAAACCUUGAGGAAUUGAACGUGCAGGGACUUGUUCCGGGAACCAGAUAUAUCAUGCGAGUAGUCGCCCAUAAUGAGCAUGGAGCUGGAGAUUCUUCCCAACCUUUGGAGGUGUCGACACAAGACGAACUUGAUGUUCCUGGACCAGUUUCUCAACUGACAGCUCGUCCAACGUCAUCAUUUUCCAUCUUGAUCUCGUGGGGAAAGCCAUCCUACAGCAACACUUUUGUCACAAGUUACAAGCUCUACUACAGACGGGACGACGAAAUGGAAGUGAAAUCCAUGACCCUGAAUAGCCUCCAAUAUCAUCUCACAGAAUUGCGCGAGUACACGGAGUACACAUUUUGGAUCUCGGCCUUCAAUUCCAAUGGGGAGGGAGCCUUUUCUGAAGAGAUCGUCACUCGGACCUUCUCGGAUGUGCCCGCGGAUCCGCCUCAAAAUGUGACAUUGGAAGCGGAUUCCUCGAAGUCUCUCAUCAUUCGAUGGGAACCUCCUCCCAAGGAAUCGCAAAAUGGUAUUUUAACGGGCUAUAAAAUCCGCUGGAGGCGGAAAGGCAAGGGUAAAAGUGACAUCUUUACCACCGACGGAAGCCGUCGACUUUUUGCCAUCACGGGUCUAGACAAUGGCCAAGAGUAUCAGGUCAAAAUAUCAGCCAUUACCGUGAAUGGAACGGGUCCAGCCACACCUUGGAUGUCGGAACGCACUUUUGACACCGAUCUGGAUGAAUCGGUGGUGCCCAACCCUCCAAAUUCUUUGAAGGCAAAGGCCUAUGAUAGCAGGAUCGAGAUCUCUUGGACACCUCCUCGAGAUAACAAGAUACUCGUUCGAGGUUAUACCAUUGGCUGGGGUAAAGGCAUCCCAGAUGAAUAUACGAAGGUGGUAGACGACAAACAGAGGGACUUUGCCAUCAAAGGGUUGAAGCCCAACUCCGAAUAUGUGAUUAGUUUACGAGCUUACAACAACAUCGGGGAUGGUCGACCCAUUUAUGAGACCAUUCGCACCAGCGACGAGAUUCAUGACGAACCCCUGUCCCCGUUCUCUCCCCCCAUCAAACUUCACGCACGAAUUUUGUCGUCAAAAACAGCAUUGCUUACUUGGUUGGACUCUUCGUUGCCUAAGAACCAAGUGAUCCCGGAUCAUCGGUAUUACAUUGUGCGGUACACCUCUGUCAAGACCUUAAGCACCAACAAACCCCGGCACGAAUAUCGAAACUCGACCGAUCUGAACGUGAUGAUUGACAAUUUGAGACCCAGUACGGAAUACGAAUUCACCGUCAAAGUUGUCAAAGGCCGUAGACAAAGUCGAUGGAGUCUUGUGGCGUUGAACCACACCGAAGAGGCAGCUCCGGGUUCACCCCCUCGUGAUUUGUCCUUGCGGUCCAAAUCUGGCGAUCCAGAGACCGUUGUUUUGAGCUGGAGAGCACCCAAAAUCCCCAACGGCCAAAUCAACGGUUAUGUGAUUCAUUACACCAUCGACAAACGGGCCGAGGAUCGGGAUUGGUAUGUGAAGCCGUUGCUUGGGGAUCAUACGACCACCACCAUCUCCAACCUCGUGCCGAGCACCAAAUAUUUCUUCAAGAUCAGCGCCCGGAAUAGUAAGGGUAGCGGUCCAGUCAGUCUUGUCGCUUCUUACACCACCCCCAGGGGCAUGAUUGGGGAUUAUAGUGGUUCAGAAUCCAAUCCAGCCAACCAAGAGAUUUCGCCGGUGAUUUUGUACGCAGUGGCGGGUGUGGCCUCGGGUAUCAUUAUUCUAGUCGUCAUUGGAGCCGUUUUUGUGGUGCUCCGUUGUACUCGCAGCAAUAGUUCCGCUCCAGGACCUUCUGGUCAAGGAAAUAAGCGCCAAAACCAUAAUGGUAAUAAACCCUAUCUCAACGGUGAAAUUGGAUCCCAAAGAGACAAGUUGAACCCACCUCCACCCGAUCUUUGGAUUGGGCACGAUCAACUUGAACUCAAAGCCAUGUCCGACGUGGACCCGGACGAGACUGGUGAAACGUCCAUAGCUCGGUCCACCCCGAUCGAUUAUGCCAGUGGUCGGUCCAUGUCUUCGAUAGACCGUGGUCGUGGUUAUGGUAUGGCCUAUUCUGAUGGUGGAACCGAGUCCGAGGUUUCUUUUUCGUUGGCGGGUUCGAGUAUUUGUCGGGGUGUUUCCAUCAACAAGUCAAAGAGGAUCAAAGGAGGUGCUGCCCAUGGCUCGAAUAAAUCAAGUAUUAAGAUUGCUGCCAUUAAUGGGAAGCCUAGAGUCCAAAGAUACCUUAGUCAUGAGUCUGUGGCAUCAUCGAUACCCGGGCAACCAAACGGAGCCCCCGGGUCCACCUCAAGUACCUAUAUCCGCUCUCAGUACAGUUUGAACCCCCCUCCGCCCUUGGGUUCGCCUGACGAUCUCCCCCCUCCGGGUUACGCUCCCUCGGAUGCGCCUUCCACCAUAGAAGACAAUUCUGGCUGGGGUGCCAAUACCACUGCUUCCUCAAUCGACGGUGGCUCUCAAAUGGGCAUGGCCAACGGGACUUGCUCAAUUGCAGUGGCUCCGCCCAUGUUACCUCCCACCUACCUGAGCUCGGCAAUGUCAACUUCGAGUGGUGACAGUUCCUCGGGAGGAAGCCGACAAUCCAGUUCAAACCACUCUCAGCCCAUGAAGAGCUUUUCCCAUAUAAUCCCUGGGGCCAAUCACCAACACCACCAUCACCACCACCAACCACAACCAAAGAACAUAGUUCGACCUCAACCUACGAGUCCGUUCAAACGGCCACUGCUUUCCGGGUUCGCAUCCUCAUCCUCUCCCCCUGGAUCCAGUGAUUCAUGCAGUUCCAAAGCGGAUCCAGAUGGCACACCGAUGCAUUCUGGGCAACUUCCGGCUCUCGGAUUGAUUCGAUCACCUGAUAUCCUCAACUCAUUAAGUCAUCAAAUCACACCGUCAUUGAGUACAGAAGAACUCAGAGAAGAAAUGAAGAACUUGGAAGGGCUCAUGAAGGAUCUCAACACGAUCUCAAAGUCAAGCCAAGGCACCAAUAUUCAUCGGUAUCCAUGCUGAGUCAGUCAAAAAUAGCAAUCCUUUCAUAAUUGAUGUCAACAAAGCUGUUGUUUCUUUGAUAUCCAUCCUUCCAUGUGUCCCCGUUUCUUGUUUACUCUGUUCGCCUUCUCGUCCAUGAUCAAAAAUUCAUACAGAUCACUUUCCCCAA